ACUAAGCAGUCUUUCUAAAAGUUGUUAAAGGCCAUGCUGACAGAGACAGUCCUUUAAAUGCCCAACUUUCUGGUAAUACUGCAUGACAUUUUGGCCCACAGGGGGACAGAUCCCACAGGAGUUGUAGAGCUCAUCCAAACCUCUUUCUGCACGGCCCUGGGAAGCGAGGGAGCAGUGGCCUGGCCAGGAGAAUAUGCUGAACAUCGCAGACUAAUUGCAUCGGAGACGCAUCUCUUCUGCCGUGGGGAGACUUCCAGCAAAUGGGAAUAACAUCGUGUCUUAUUGAACACAGAACAAUAUGACCUGCUAUGACAAGAAGCUGAGGCAGACAAGUCCUGAGCAGCUGAAUGACCACAUGGUGGUUCCACUGCACUCCAGAGUGAACGGCUGGUCUUUACCACUCCACUCCUUCCAGUUGAUCACCCUCGUGCUUUAUUCAUACUUGGCCAUUGUGGGCUUUGGUAUCUACAUUCCUCUUCUCCCAAAUGAAUGGAAAUUGGUUGCCUAUGCUGUGAUUGGCUUAAUUUUCGUGCAUCACUUAAUCACUCAUCUUGUUGCAAUCACUAUCGAUCCAGCAGAUCAAAAUAUAUUGAAGAAGAAAAAUUACAAGAAACCAAUGCCAAUUUUUGACCGAAGCAAAUGCAAACAUGUUAUUCAGAACCAGUACUGCUAUCUUUGUGAAGCUGAUGUAGGGCCAAAGACCAAACACUGUAGUACCUGCAAUAAGUGUAUUGCGGACUUUGACCAUCACUGUAAUUGGCUAAAUAACUGUGUUGGAAGCCGAAACUACUGGUUUUUCUUCAAUGCGAUUGCUUCAGCUGCUCUUGGAAUCCUCCUGCUGAUAUUGGUGAUGAUAUAUGUCUUCAUCCAGUAUUUCGUGGACCCAGAACGACUCCGCACAUCUCCUCAGUUUGAAAGUGUCACUAGGAAUGGCACCUGGCUGGUAUUUCUUCCUGUUGCUCCAGUAGAGACUACAGCAGCUGGCAUCCUGAGCAUAGCAAUAUUAACUGUGUUUUUGGAAUCUGCUUCCUUCUUGUUGCUUGGACAUUUGUUGACGUUUCAUCUUUACCUCUUGAAUAAAAAGAUGAACACAUAUGAAUACAUGACUCGACAUCGGCCCAGGAUGUCUACCAUAUCUCGGGAAACAAGCACAGCGGGAACAUCAGAUACAACACACACAGUGGACUCCUUACAGGAUGUAACUGAAGUAAGAAAACCAGAUGAAGUAGCACCCUCCUCUAUAUCAGGAACUCAUGCCAAUUAACUGCACUUGAACAGGAACAGCAUCAGGAACAGCUGGCUUCCUCAGAAACGGCCUGUGUAGCAUUUCCAGACGAUUACUGUGUUUCAUCGAUGCAAAAUGACCAUUGUAUGCACUUGAUCCAGCAUAGCUAAAGGAAAAUGUGGAACGCCAGUUCCUGCUCUCAGUUGGGUCAAAACUGGACACUGAAAUCACAAGAGGAGAUGUUCCCUUCCUUAUCCAAAUCAGCAUGCUUCUUUUGUCUCUAAGAAGGUGCUGUUAUGUGGAAGGCUGUGGCCAGUCAAAAGAACAUGGUGGAGGAUGUGCCAGGUCGUACUUCUAGACCAGGUCUGUGUGUACAGAACUGAUGACAUUUUGAUCCGGAGGUUCUCCAUUCUAUGAUAAUGAAGGGCUUGAAGUGUUUUUCGUCAGCUGGCAAUGCAUUAUAUGAAGACCAGCUGAUAACAGCUAAUUAAUUGGUUAUAAGCUGCUUGGAGGAGAAGAUGGUGAGGGUAGGCAGACCGUGGCUGGAUAGGAUUUCAGUGACAGGAAUCAUUUUGAGGCCCAUGCUGAUGACCAAUGUGUCUCCCAACUCUGCCUCUAUUUAAUGGGAGCAGCAUGUGUUUCCCGAAGUUGUACUUCAAGUGUAAAUAAUCUCAGCUGAAGAGCCAGCAGGUAUCCAUAAGGCAAGAGUAGCCAUUUACAGGUUCUUCCUUGCACAGAACCAGUCAUAGCUACUGUUGUGGAUGCAUUCGAGAGUCUCUCCCUAGUAAAUGGGAAGCUAGUAAAGGGUAGCAAAAUAUGUAGCAGAUCACAGGAUAUAGAGAAGAUAGCUUGGAGGGUAAUCAUUUGACAUUGCCAAAAAGAGUAGUAAGUCUUAGAGUCAAAAGUAUCCUCCAAGUGGCAUUGGGAAGGCUCAAAUAAAUUAGACUGAUUUCCCCAAAAUGUAUUUAUACAAAGUGUCACCACAGAAAGUCCUGCUUAGUAAAUGCCAGUUGGAAAAUACUUUCCUUUUUGUCUCUAUGCUGAAAACCAGUUGUUGUUUUUUUAAAAUAGAAAAUGGAUUGUGUAUUUGAUCCUUUUUUAAAUUGCUAUUUCUUAUAAAUAAAUUAUAUGAUUUUGCGGCAUUACAGGAACAUUUUAAUAAACUCC